AUGGAUACUUUUCGUUUGCGUCGAUCAUCGUUUUCACGACACAUGGGCAAGCAGGAGCCUUUAAUUGUCGUAGAAGAAUCGAAUGCUGUAGAAGAUGAUGAGCAAGAUAGCUCAAAUACACCUUCAAAUAAGGCUAGUUUAGAGAUCGAUUCGCCAUUAAACCCAUACCUACUAUCACCAUGGCGAGAUCCACGAGAAGGUCGAAAGCAUUCCCUUCCUUCUCAACAAGUCACAGAAGGAAUAACUGCAAGUCAAGUGCGACGCUUGUCCGAGCGCGGCGGCGAAGGUUCCGGUCCGAGUCCAAAAGAAGCUGCGUUUUUAGCAACACUUUCACAAGCUCCAGCACCAUCUGGUCGUCGUCAUUCCGUUGUCACAAUAUCAAAGGUGCCAACAACAUUAUUUGGACGUUCCAGACGCGAAUCCGUAGCUGCUUAUCCAACAAACAAUCGUAUUUUAGGUUCACGACGUGAAAGCAACACAUCAACUGGUCCACCAGCUAUUGAUCCCAUUGGCAGCAUACAUAAUUUACAAUUAGAUAUUAUGGAUGAUAUUGUGCAAUCGCGAAAGGCACGUAUGAAAUUAUGGAAUACUAGCAAUGAAAAAGUUUGUGAAGUACAAACUUUAGAUGAAAGAGGCGGCAGCACACCACAACGUUACACCAAUCGUCGAUAUUCAGAAUGUGUUACAGCACAGACAUCACCAGCGCCAAAUUAUCGUAGAGCUUCAGAACAUCCAGCACUUAUAUCGCCAUGUGUUUUGCAACCCGGUGGCAUUAAUGUACCAACGCAACGUAAGAAGAGCUCUGGUUUUUUGGGUACAACCAAUAUAUUUAGUUCGCUAACAUCGUCCGCCAUUGAAAUACACAAAUAUGAUGAAGCUACUACUCCGAGCACUCUAAGCGCAGAUUCCCCUAAACAUAAUCAUUUAGGCCACAAAAGCAAAAAAUUACAGAUUGAUAUACCAAAUCUAGAUUCGCCAAUCAAAAACGACAUAAAUCAUAUAUAUUAA